AUGAUCGAGAUGCCGAACCCCAAACCGUUCCUCCCUCCUCUGAAAACGCCCAAGAGCGCAUCAUUCCCUUCCGAGCUUCACAGCGACUCCUCCGCGAGCCCCUCCGACCUGAUCAAGAAAGAGGAGCUAUCGACUCCUCUUACGCCCGACUCCUCCAUUCCGAAAGCCUAUACGCAGUUCCUUGAGGCCUAUACGCCCCUCUUCAGUCCGGCCAGCGCGGGCGCCCCCAAGUUUCCUCUCAAGAAACCCUCGCCUUCGCCCACCUCGCAGCCCCCCAGCGCCAUCAGCAGCUCUUUUACAUUUGGUGACUCCAUGCGAUCGCCCACUAUAUCGCUGCCACCCCCUACCCCAGCUUCUGCACAGCCCUCGAGGAAGCACUUUGCGCUGCCUCGUCGCCUUCGAAUCCCGCAGACAUGGAAGUACUCGCCAAGCACCGAUUCCCCCAGGAGCGCAACAACUAUUCGAUCGCCCUUCACACCAUCGAGUUGGAGCCCUCGCUACUUCGAGGGCCCACACAGUGCCAAUCCCAGCGGCAAACCGGUCAGCGUACGACAAGUGGUCACUCAGACCGUGACCUAUAAGCGGACUCAGCUCGAGGCCCCGCCAAAGGGCAAGCGGCGCAAGUGUCGCGAGGUGAAGGAAGACAAGGAAGCUUAA